AUGAUAAAUGUAUUCCAUAUGAAGGGUAAAGAUUUUCUACAAUCAGAAUUCCAGAAUGUACUUUUAGAAUCAGAUAACUUCCCAAUAUUGCCAUAUUUAUCAGAUCCAAAUAGUGAAAUAGAAUUGACAGGAUCUUUAACUAUCCUAAGAUACUUAGGAAGGAAAUGUAACCUUAUGGGUAACAAUUACGAAGAUGAACUACAAAUUGAAAAUUGGUUUGAAUAUUUACAACUUGUACUUAAUAUAUUAUGGGAAUUCGAUUCAAAUUUAGAUAGCUUUAAUAACAUACAGAAAAAUAAAAAGCGAGGUCAAUUUUUACUGGAAAAUUUACAUCCAAUGUUACAUAAUAUUCAAGCAAGACUUGAUAAUGGGAAAAAGUGGAUUCUGGAGGAAUAUAGCGUGGCAGAUAUCAUGUUAUACACUGUAGUAUCUGCAAUAAUAAGAUCAUGGGGAUAUGAAAUAUUACAACCAUAUGACAAGUAA